CUAGGUAGUGCCGAGAGCUGCGAGCCAGGAGAGGAACCGUGUGACCCGAGUCGGACACGGUGAGACUCAAAUCAUAUUAGGAGCUCGUUUGUAGCAGUGAAAUCGCGAACACUCUCAUCCCAGCACAGACCCUGGAUAUGGCUACGUCUAUACUUGGGGAAGAGCCACGGUUUGGAACUACACCUCUAGCUAUGCUGGCUGCAACUUGCAACAAAAUUGGUAACACCAGUCCUCUUACAACUCUACCUGACUCCAGCGCGUUCUCGAAGGGUGGAUUUCAUCCGUGGAAAAGAUCCUCCUCCAGCUGUAACUUGGGAUCCAGUCUGCCCGGUUUCGCAGUAGCGACGAGCCGCGCAUCGACAGGACUAACGCCGAACAGUGGCGCAGGCAACAGCGCCUUUUGCUUAGCCUCCACCUCCCCGACCUCGUCUGCGUUUUCCACUGACUACAGCGGUCUGUUCUCAAACUCCGCGAGCGUCUCAACACAAGAGUCUGGACAGUCGGCUUUUAUCUCCAAAGUCCACACAUCGGCAGAGACCCUGUACCCGCGGGUGGGGAUGGCGCACCCUUACGAGUCGUGGUACAAGUCCGGUUUCCACUCCACCAUCUCUGGCGACGUUGCCAACGGCGCGUCUUCGUGGUGGGACGUCCACACCAACCCAGGAUCCUGGCUCGAUGUCCAAAACCCCGCAAGCACCCUCCAGACAUCGCUGCACUCCGGGACGCCUCAGGCGAUCCACUCCCAGCUGAGUGGCUACAACCCGGACUUCUCCUCCCUGACGCACUCGGCGUUCAGCUCCACGGGAAUCAGCCCCUCCGCGUCUCAUCUGCUCUCCACCAGUCAGCACCUGUUAACACAGGACGGUUUCAAAACAGUCAUCCCCGCGUACACAGACGCUUCCGCCGCCAACGCCAUGAUCUCGGGGGGCAGCUCAGGAAUAAGCAGCUCGUCGCGGUCGUCCAGGCGCUACUCCGGUAGAGCAACAUGUGACUGUCCUAACUGCCAGGAGGCUGAGCGGCUGGGACCCGCCGGGGCCAGUCUGCGGAGAAAGGGACUCCACAGCUGUCACAUCCCGGGCUGCGGCAAAGUGUACGGGAAGACGUCUCACCUCAAAGCGCAUUUGCGAUGGCACACCGGCGAGAGGCCUUUUGUCUGCAACUGGCUUUUCUGUGGCAAAAGGUUCACGCGCUCCGAUGAGCUGCAGAGACACCUGCGCACCCACACCGGCGAGAAACGGUUCGCGUGUCCGGUGUGCAACAAGCGCUUCAUGCGCAGUGACCAUUUGAGCAAGCACAUCAAAACGCACACGGCCGGUGGAGGAAGCAAAAAGGGCAGCGACAGUGACACCGACACCAGUAACCUGGAGACCCCGAGGUCCGAGUCUCCUGAACUUAUUUUGGACGGAGUCAAUCCCAGAAUCAAUGUUAAAGAUCCGUCUCCUCAUGACGAGCCCUAGUGAGGCAGUGCCCUCAGAUAAAAGUCAUAAUAAUUAUUAUAAUAAUAAUAAUAAUAAUAAUAAUCAUCAUCAAACCAGAAUAAAAAAAACUGCACAGCGAUGAAAACGGGUCUUAUCUGACGGACAAUACAGGAGAAAAUAUUUCCACAAGCGAUUUCAAAGUCUGAAAAAAAAAAAAAUUCUCCACAGCAGCAGGCGCGUGACGAGUUUCUUUUAAUUCCUUAUUCAAUCUAAAGACACCAGAGAUGUUUUACUGCUGGCCUUUGGAGACACGUUUAGGGACUUGACAAUGAGAAAAAAAGAGGAUGUUUUGCAGAGGGUGCGAGAAAACAAACCUGUUGAAUUUCUUUGGUUGGACAAUGCGAGUUACAUCUUGUAUAUUGCUGACUAAACUCUGUGUUAUUUUCAUGUAAAUGUUUAGGCUUAAUGAUUGUUUUAUUCGUGUUGGUAUAUCCUGGAAAUCAGGGAGUUUACUUUCGACGCACUUUGUGGAUAUGUAUGUACACAGCUCCCACCCCCCUCCCAACUUUGGUUAACCAUUUUAUUUUAUUUUGCUCAAAAAAAUAUCUAUAUAUAAAUGUUUACCUGUAUAAAGUCACACGUACAAGACUUUCAUUUUAUCGUAAUUAAAACGUGUCAAAAAAGGC